CAAUCAUUUAUUUCUUCUUCUUCUUCUUCUUCUGAUGAGGGAGAGAGAGAGAAGAGAGAAAGAAAAUCAGCCAUUGGAUUUCUCAUGAAUUAGCCAUUGGAUUUCUCAUGAACUGUGGAGUCGUGUUGGGUUUCUACUGCUGGGGCUGGGAGUUCAUUACUGCUCUUAUUCUCUUCUCUCCCUCCCCCUUAAUUUAAUUUACUUUUCUUUUCUUUUCCUUUCUUUUCUUUUCUUUUCUUUGCUUUCCAAGUUUAGUUUCUCAUGGAGUCUGCAGCUACAGAUAAUAAUAAUAACAUUAAUAAGCGUUUGUUGGAAUAUGUUCGGAAAUCUACUCCGCCACCGUUCUUACUCAAAACCUACAUGCUGGUGGAAGAUCCGGCCACCGACCACGUGAUUUCUUGGAAUGAAGACGGAAUAGGGUUCGUGGUGUGGCAGCCGGCACAGUUUGCCUGUGAUCUCCUACCGACUCUGUUCAAGCACAGCAACUUUUCCAGCUUCAUCCGGCAACUCAAUACCUAUGGUUUUCGUAAAGUAGCAACUAGCCGAUGGGAGUUCUGCAAUGACAUGUUUCGAAAGGGUGAAAGAGAGCUACUUUGUCAAAUUCGUCGACGAAAAGCAUGGACUAACAAGCAACAACCUACUGCACCAACUCAAGCUACACCAGAAGAGUCUGAUGAAGAUCAAAAAUCGUCAUCAACUUCUUCAUCAUCUGAAUACAGUACUCUUAUCGAUGAAAAUAAACGUCUCAAAAAAGAAAAUUGGGUAUUGAGUUCGGAGCUCACUAGCACAAAAAGGAAGUGCAAGGAGCUACUUGAAAUGGUGGCUAAAUAUGCACAUUUGGAGAAAGAAGAAAAUGGAAAUGGUGAUGAUGAUGAUGAGAGGCCAAAGUUGUUUGGUGUGAGAUUAGAAGUUGGGGGAGAAAGGAAGAGAAAGAGGGAUGAGAUUAGAGAGUAUGCAACUAUUUUACUAGCUCAAUCAUGCAAAUAACUUGUUUUUAAUUAUAAUAUAGAAUCAAUCGAUUAAUAAUCAAAUAAGCAAUAGGAAACCAAUAAACAUUAUAAUAAAUGGUUCGACACUUUUCUCUUUUAAUAAAAUUAAAAUUUGAUCUUAUAAAUAAACUAAAUACUCGCUAAGAGCAUUUUACUCGUUAG